AUGUCAUACUUUGUUGGGCACAAGGCCGUCAAGGACGGUCACAAGGAGGACGGUGGCUUCGCCAUCAACGGUGACUAUGUUGCAGCUGCCACCAAGGCAGCCGGUGAGCUCUACGGCUACGGCCGCUCGAAUGUGCUGUUCAAGCCUACCAAGGCAGUCGAAGCGCAGUUCCGGCCCGGUGUUGUGAACACGGGCUUUUGUGGGGGAGUUUGGGACAAGCGUUUGGGGAACGGCUUCGCCAUCAAUGGUGGCAAAGGCUGGGCCGACGUGGUCUUUGACAACCACUUCAUCAACGUCAUUGGCGAGGUUGCCAUUGCCAUGGGCAACUAUUUCUUCACCAGCGCAGCUGAUGGAAGCAAGACCAAGGUCGAGUACACCUUCGGCUACGCGAAGAAUUCGGAUGGCAAGGUGCGCAUCUUCCUUCACCAUUCUUCUGUACCUUACAGCCCGGGCCCUCCUGCAAUUUCGCAGGCAGAAGUGCAAGGUGCACAGGCAGCCUGGGCGAGCGCUAUCAAGAGCAUUUCCAGGACCUACCUCGACGGGGGCGACUAUGUCGGAGCGGCA